AAUCAGCUGACACCGCGAUGACAAGGUCAAAAACAGUUCAGAGAUUGGAAGAAAGGUCUUGUUUUCUUGAAGCCGGUUGAAUUUUGUGUUUUUAUUGGGGAUAAGAAUUUAAAAGCAUUGCAAUGAUUUACAAUAACUUACAAAAAUUUGGUCAAAUAACUGCCAAUAGAUGCAUGAAUUCCCUAAAGUUGUUGCGGUAUCAAAGACUACAACAACAACAGCGUCAAGUACAACGUUGUUUCAGUCAGUUAUGUUUUGGUCAGCAAUCAACAGCACAGCAAUCAUCGUUCAGCGAAAGUAAUUUGCCAUACGGCAAGCGGCUGUGUGUAGUGUUGUUGCCGUUGACCGGAGUUAACUGUGCCGCUGCUUCACAACUUGCACCGUCAUCGUCUACCGCCGGUGGGCACCGUUCACAAGCCGAUGAUGUCAGCAAUAUGUCAGAUCAGGACGCUAAGAAUGCCAAGUCAAUUUAUGACUUUACUGUCAAGGACACGCAUGGUAAUGAAGUUUCCUUGGAAAAAUACAAGGGAAAUGUGGUGCUAAUUGUAAAUAUUGCAUCCAAAUGUGGUUUGACCAAGAACAACUACGCCAAAUUGACCAACUUGUUGGAGAAAUACGAAUCGAAAGGUCUACGCAUUUUAAAUUUCCCAUGCAAUCAAUUCAGUUCGCAGAUGCCUGAAGCUGAUGGUGAAGAAAUGGUGUGCCACUUGCGUGACGCCAAAGCCAAUAUUGGUGAUGUAUUCCAAAAGGUUGACGUAAACGGUCCUACCGCCGCUCCACUUUAUCAAUAUUUGAAGCACAAGCAAUCGGGCACUUUGGGCAGUGCCAUCAAAUGGAAUUUUACCAAAUUUCUUGUGAACAAAGAAGGCAUACCUGUUGACCGUUAUGCUCCCACAACUGAUCCCAUGGACAUUGCGAAAGAUAUUGAAAAGUUGCUUUAAGCUAUUCACGAACAUAUCGAAGUUACGAUAAUGAUUAAAAA